AUGUUGGUGGUAGUGGCGGUGGUGGCAGCCGCCCCGCAGAGGGAGGGUGCUGCGUUCACCAAAGAGGCCAUCAAGCAAGCCCAGAACACCUUCCUAAUCCCCAAGGAUGCUGAAAUUCAAAAGGUCCAAGAAGGCAUCGAGCUGGCGGCGUACGAAUCGAUUCCGGGCAACCAGAAGGUGGACCUGAGGCUCAUUCUGGGUGACCACGUCCCCGAAGAGGUCAUCAACAACCUGCAGAGCCAAGUGGACCAAGUCGGCCGUCAC